UUGUCCGCAUUGAUCAAAAGAAAUUCAGUUUAUGUCAGCACGAUUUUUGCUGGUGCUUUUGCCUUCCAAGCUUUUCUUGAUGUUGGUGUCACCAAAUGGUAUGAAAACCACAACAGAGGCAAAUUGUGGAAAGAUGUAAAGGGCAAAUUCCUCGAAGGUGGUGAAGAAGAUGAUGAUGACGAGGAGUAA